UGUCAAUAGUAGUAAAUUUUGUAAAAUGGGACUUUUGAAGGUAAUUCGUAAGACCAAAUUAAAGGAUAAAGAAAUCAGAAUAUUAAUCCUGGGACUGGAUAAUGCUGGGAAAACAACAAUUCUAAAGAGUAUAAAUAACGAAGAUAUUACUCAAAUUGAGCCGACUGUAGGAUUCAACAUCAAAUCCGUAAAAUACAACGAGUAUAUACUGAAUUUUUGGGAUGUUGGAGGACAGGAAUCUAUACGCCUGUUCUGGCGUAAUUACUUUGAAAAUACCGACGCACUCAUCUGGGUCAUCGACUCCGUCGACACCUCAAGACUCAACACAUCCAAACAAGAAAUCAUGAAAAUCUUAAAAAACGAUAAUAUGUAUAAAAGUACGGUGUUAAUAUUCGCAAAUAAGCAAGAUAUUAAAGGUUCGCUAACAACAAAGGAAAUUAACCAAAUGUUGGAGCUGGAUAAGGUAAUAAAUGACAGGAGUUAUAUGAUUUUCGGUACCAGCGCCGUUCAAGGGAAUGGAAUCCUCACCGGCCUCGAAUGGCUCAUCAAUGAUAUCAACACCAAUAAACUCAUUCACUAGUCAAUUGAUCAGCUGAGUGAUUGAGUAACUGAGUAACCGAGUGGGUGUGAUCAUUUCUGUUCAUUUGGUGGGAUGUAGCAUUCUGCGAUUUCAAGUCGUCUGGUAACUUCUUCCUGAGAAAUAAUAAUGGAAAUUUUUUACCUUGAGAAAUUGUGUGACGGAGUCUUUGCAAAGUGCUACGCCUUCGUCAAUUUGCUCAAUAAUAAAAUGUUUACUUUCA